AUAAUUUUUCAUCCGUUGCGUUUACCUUGGAUUUACAUCAAAGAAUGUUAAAAGCUGGUGAUUAUUACAUCUCCAUUUCUUGUUCUAUAAUAUUUAAUGGAAAGUGAGAAUGUAAUUGAUAGACCAUUAGUAAAUACAAAGUCUCUUUUGAAGAUUUGUUUCACCAAAUACUCUUUUUCCUAGUUGAGGGAAACAAACAUGGACUUGGAUAUAGCUUGUGCCAUUCCAAUAGAGUAUUGCAAGUAAGUCUAUCCCGUUAAAUGACACUCUGUAAAGCUGUGAAGUAAAUGGUACAUUUAUGAAAUACCCAUCCUGUAUGACAAUGAUUGAUGUUCCUAGGAAUUUUGCUUUGAUAAAUAGGUAAAAAAGUGACAGUUUUCUGUUAUGAUGAACUUUUAGGCACUUAUUUGCAAGAAUAGCCUACUGUGGGUGAUGUAUCUGCUCUAAAAUAGCAAUUCCACAGUUAAGAGCAUGAAUCGAGUUGGAAUUGCAUUUUCAUCAAGAUAAAAUUGAGGUUCCAAUUGUGAUGGGCCCAUUCUCAAGCAUAUGAAUCCCAAAGAUACAAAUAAAAAUCAAUGCAAAAUAAAUAAAUAAAUAAUACCAAAGCAAAGCCACCAGGGCAACUGAGAUGAGACUGUUCUCAAAUACCUACCUGGUGCUAGUUUCCUAUGUCAGUGCUCUUUGGAGUAAGUUGUAUAACUAGGAACUUCCCAUUUCUUUUAAAGAAAAUAAAUAAAUAAAUAAAAGGUUAGAAUAAUGGCUAAGUAUAUCAAUAAAUAUAUACCCUCAUGCACGUAGUUGGGCUCAGAAUUAUUUGUUUACUUGUUUUGACUAGAAAAUGCUAUUUCCUGCUUAUCACUAAAUGGCUUAUUUAAGGCAUAUAAGUCUAGCAAUAACUAAUAAAGUAAUUAAGUUUUAGCAAUAACUAAUAAAGUAAUUAAGUAUUUUACUAACUUUCGUGCAUUUUUUCUCAGCAUACAGAUCUAUUAAUGAGCUUUAUGUUAAAAUUAUUGCAUGAAAUAAAACGUAUGAUCAUUAACAACCAUUUACUUAUAUACCAACAAAAAGAAACUUCCUGGUGCAUCACCAACUUUAAAAAGGUGCUGAGUCUGUAUAAAAAAUUUCUAGGACUUCUAACAUCCAUAGAAGCUUUUUAUUUAUAUCAGGCACUUAGAUGCAUCGGUGAUUUGAUUGCCAAUCAUACUAAGAAUCUUGAUGCCCUGGCAAGCAAAGUUCUUCGAGAGGAGCCACAAGUAGAGCCUGCACUGAAUUCUAUCCUUCGAAUCAUCUUGAGGACUUGCAACAUGCUGGAGUUUGUAGCAGCUGACUAUGUUUUUAAGUGCUUUUGUGAGAAAAACCCUGAUGGUCAAGCAAUGCUAGCAUCUACAUUAAUCCCUCAACCGCAGCCAAUGACUCAUGCUCCGCCUGAGGAGGAUGUGAACAUGUCAUUUGGAAGCAUCCUGUUACAUGGUCUUACUUUGAGUCAAAAUGAUGGUGACCUCAAGGUAGUAUGUAUUGUUCAUAUCUUACCUUUCUAGAUUAAAGACAUGAACGUAAUCACAUAACAUACAUCUUUUCUAUUCUUUUUUUUCUUCUUCUUCAAGAUGAGGAUACCAUUCUGCAUAACUAGAUAGUGUUCUGCGUUGUGUCUUCUGACAUUUUGUGCUCAGGCUUUAUGAGUUGGGUACGAGUCAGUUUGGAGUAUUUAAUCCUCAUUGAGUAUUCUUGUGCAUUUGGAACGAUAUAAGUAGGAAAUUAUUGUUGAACCCUCAAUUCUCAAUAUGUGCUUCCCUUUCUACAGGGCACCUUUCCCUUUUAGGGGGUAGGAGGAAUUGGCCUCUUUUCUUAUUGAUAUUGUUUGCUUUGGUUUUAGCCUUCAAUCUUGUUGUAUGUCCCAGGUGUCCAAGGGCUUUUCCUGUUCAUCUUUUCUCAAUGAAUUAUUUUUUCAUAAUAAACUCUCUUUGAAGCCUUUUGUUUUAAACUAGGAUAAGUAUCUUGCAAAAUUCUCUCUAAAUAUUGCCAUCCUUAGCAGUGG